GCCUCGCUGCUGCCGUAUUAACCUAAAGGGAGGGAGGGAGACGAUGACAGGAGAAUACAGUUGUCCUCGUCAAGUGGCGUUGAUUGCCGAGGGGACGACAGGAGAGCUGAAAUCUCCCACGAUUUAAAGCGCUCCGACUGGUCUUGAACUACACGCCCCGCAUUCAGGAGCCACGAAGAAGAAGAAGAAGAAAAAGGAGCCGCGGAGAGACGCGGCAUCGUUAGCUGCUGUAUCCGCAACCGAGAGGAGGGAUGCGAGGACUUGAAAGGACAUAAAUACGUUUUCCUUCCUUUUUUUCACCCCCACCUCUCCCCCGUCAGGAUGGGUUCAGUGCUCAGUUAGCAAAAGACGGAGUUGAAUUCGAAUUUAUUUGGGUUAGCGUGAAAAUGAGGAUAAAAUGCAGAUAGGGCGUUUUAAAGUCCACCUCUCAGCCGCGGACACUCGGGUAACGUUAGCAACCUUUUUUUAACACUAGACCUGGCAGGUCCGCCCGGGUCGUUCACGUGAGUUUAGCCGAGUCCGCUUUUCUUCGAUUUUUUUUUUUUUUCAAACAAGCUCUUGAUAUCGGAUGAAAAUCUUGUCUAUGUCAUCCAUCCCGGUGUUGUUAGGGGCCUCUGCUGGCAAACUGCGUCACCGAGUGGGCGCUGCAGGUAUUCAUCUCUAAAAAAAAAAAAAAAAAAAAAAAAUCUGCAUGUUGGGAAGUCUAGCCAUGGCACGAAUGACCUGGAAACCAAAGUGACUGAACUCGUAACUCGCCAUGGAGCCGGAGGCCAAUUCAAACUCCGAGCCCCACCAGGAACUGAAAUACCCAUCUGUACCCAACUCUCAUCGCGAACUGGCCGUGAAUAUGUAUGAGGCCAUGGCUGAUGGGAAUGUCAAUCUUGUGGACUCAGUAGUGAGAGGUGGGAGUGACCCCAGUGCAUAUCCUUCCUGCAGUUAUCAGAGGAAUGUGCAUCAGAGAUUCAUCAGGAGAAGCCUUUGGUUCUCGGACACAGAUGAGCAGCCCUAUGAACCACCAGAGUGCGAUAACAGGAGUAAGAUCCUUAACAUAAACCUGCGAACAAUAGUGGACAGGACGCGGGGGACCAGUUGCGGGAUACAGGAAGGUUCGAGCACUGAAAGUCAAGGUGGGCAGAAAGACAGUGCAACUGAGAGUGCCAGUGCCGAUGAGGAGAAGGAGAAAGGUGGGAAUGCAUUAAAUCUCACAUGCACUGAUGCUGGGAAAGCUGCUAUCAAGGCUGCCAGCGAGGAGAACGAGGAGGAGGCAGAGAUGAAAGCGGUCUCCACAUCUCCAGGAGGAAGAUUCCUCAAAUUUGACAUCGAGCUGGGGAGAGGUUCCUUCAAGACGGUCUACAAAGGCCUGGAUACUGAGACCUGGGUGGAAGUUGCUUGGUGUGAGCUGCAGGAUCGUAAGCUGUCAAAAGUGGAACGUCAGCGAUUUAAGGAGGAGGCAGAGAUGUUGAAGGGUCUUCAACAUCCCAACAUUGUCCGUUUCUAUGACUUUUGGGAGUCGCCCCUGAAAGGGAAGAAGUGCAUUGUUUUAGUCACAGAGCUCAUGACGUCAGGAACACUAAAAACCUAUCUCAAGCGUUUCAAAGUAAUGAAGCCCAAGGUGCUGAGGAGCUGGUGCAGACAGAUCCUGAAAGGCCUUCACUUUCUCCACACCAGGACUCCUCCCAUCAUACAUAGGGACCUCAAAUGCGAUAACAUCUUUAUCACUGGACCUACAGGCUCGGUCAAGAUAGGGGAUUUAGGACUGGCAACACUCAAGGCUGCAUCCUUCGCUAAGAGUGUCAUAGGCACCCCAGAGUUCAUGGCUCCAGAAAUGUAUGAAGAACACUAUGACGAGGCUGUGGAUGUCUACGCCUUUGGCAUGUGCAUGCUAGAGAUGGCCACCUCAGAGUACCCCUACUCUGAGUGUCAGAACGCCGCUCAGAUAUACCGCAAAGUCACUAGUGGAGUGAAGCCAGCCAGCUACAACAAGGUCAUGGAUCCUGAAAUCAAGGAGAUUAUUGGGGAGUGUAUCUGCCAAAAGAAAGAGGAGCGGUACAGCAUCAAGGACCUAUUAAACCAUGCCUUCUUUGCUGAGGACACUGGUGUAAGAGUGGAGCUAGCUGAGGAGGAUGACGGGAAAAAGGCCUCAAUAGCUCUGAAACUCUGGGUGGAAGACCAUAAGAAGUUAAAAGGGAAGUACAAGGAGAGUGGAGCCAUCGAGUUCACAUUUGACCUGGAAAAGGAGGUCCCUGAGGUUGUGGCGCAAGAGAUGGUGGAGUCUGGCUUCUUCCACGAGAGUGAUGCUAAGACUGUGGGAAAGUCGAUCAGGGACCGCGUGGCACUGAUCAAAUGGAGAAGGGAGAGAACAGUGUCUGCUGCAGCUGCAAUGGAUCAAGGUGAAGGGGGGCACAGGGUCCAGAUGACACCAUCUCAGAGCAUCUCUGCUGGGGCUCCACAUGUAGGACAGCCUUUGCUGGAACCAGACGAUCCAGAGGCAGACCAGCAUAACAGGCUGAGAAACCUUCCAGCCAGUGCCACCUCAGUGACAUCAGACAGCACACUUGACAGUGGCAUGGGCUCCACUGUGUACUCAGACUCCCACAGCAGCCAGCAGAGUGUCCUCUACCAGUCCCUGCUGGAGCCUAUUACUAUGGCAACACAGCAGGCCACUUCAGCAGGUCACCAGAAUCAACAGUCUAUCCAGGGCCUGCCCUCUUCCAGCACACCAGUGCAUGCACCACUGCAGUACCUCCAGCCUGGACACAGCUACCCUGCUGCUCCAUAUGCUGGCCAACACAGUGCUGCAACACCAGCUCCAGCCAGUCUAUGUUCAGUAAACAUCCAGCAUACAGCCAGUGCUGCUAGCUAUACACCUCCAAAUGUGCAACACACCCAAAAUGCAGCAAGUAUUUCAACAUCAACUGUGCCACAACAUGUUGCACAGAGCUACCAAGCACCAGGCCCACACCAACAGGCUCACUCUGCUUCAGGAUAUCCUGCACCAGUCCAGCAACAGACUGCAGCGGCAGCAACCACCUUGUCAGCACAGCAGCCAGCACAAAGCUACCCUCUUGCAUCUGUAGCCCCAACUUUGGCAGCCACAGCCCAGUGUCAUCCUGCACAAGCUCCCAGCGCACUGCAACAUCUCCAAACUGCAGUCAUUCUGCCAAGUCAGCAGCCUGGUCAGAGCUCCUCCACACCAGCACUUUAUAAACAACAGAUACCUAUUCAGCAAGAGCACCAACAGCCCUUACUGCAAAAUACUCAGUCCAGUAUACAACUAACACAACAUGCUGGACAGGCUUAUAUUCAGCCUCAGCUCCAGCGUAGCCAAGAAACUCUGCAUAGCAUACACCAACAAAUGGCACAACAGCCAACCCAGCAUUCUCAAAGUGUUCAGUCUUCUGUUCAGCAACAAGUACAUACCCCAACUCUACAGAAGCACAGUCAGAAAUCCAUGCAGACAACAGUUCAACAACAGAGCCAUGACGUGUCCCAGUCUACAGUCCAACAGGUUCAGAGCCACGCUGCUCAACCUCAUGCUACAGUAGCCCCAGUUGUGCAAGUUGCAGCCACACAUCAGAGUUACCCUGCUGCAGGUCUACCUGAUGCCACCUCGCAGUGCUAUGCACAUUCUGCCCUAAAUGUGCUGCAGCAACAGACUGCUCCAGCCCAGAGCCAGUACCUGCCUGCACAGGCUACUGCUGCUUCACAGGCAUAUGGCAGAGCUAACCAGGUGGUGACUCCUCAGAGCCUCCCAGCCUCUUCCCAGCAUAGCCAGGCUUCACAUCUUACCCAACAGUUUCAACCCUAUCUUUGCAACGCUGCUUUCCUGAAUCAGAAUGUUCCUGCUGGUCAAAACAUUUCACAGCUUGGCCAAGAUGGACAAGGCCAUGGGCAGAAUCUCAGCCAAUCAGCUUCUGGUGUGCCAGCUCAGGCACUUCCCCCUCAACAGUCAAUUGCUCAGCAUGCUGUCCACCAACAACUCCAGCCUCUGCAGAUUUCAAACUCUCUACCUCCAACCCACCCAUCCCAGUUUCCUUCACAGUAUCCCACAGUCCAGGUGAUGGCAGCUGUGACUGACACUGAAUCCUCCUACCCUCACUCCUGUACUGCCCCUCACCCUUCAGCUUCCUCUUCCCUUAACCACCUCUACCUUUGUCCUGGACAGAACCUCCCAGUAACCCCUUCUGUUUCUCCCCUUUCUCCUCUACACACUGAAAACAUUAUGGUUUCACCAAUUCCAGUGUCCUUGAUACCUUCCCCCUCACAUAUGCUGGGCAAGGUGGGGCCCACAUCCCCACAGCAUCAACCCACCACUGCUUUGCAGCAGAGUGUAAGAUCUGAUGCUUCCAAUUUGCAACCUGCCUUCAUAUCUGCACCAACCACCCACCCCAUACACACACACAUUGCCCCAUCCCAGAGCACACACCCACCCAAAAAUGGCAGCACUCAGCCUCUGAUACAGCAGAUUCCCCAGCAGGCCCAGGUCAGCCGUCCUGAGCUUGAAGUCUUCUCCUCAGCUUUGCAGAAUGGGUCAGACCAGGGCACAGCUACUACUGCUGCCCAGCUGGACAACAAGAACCCAUGCCAGCUGCCCCUGCAGGCCCAGUCUCAGAAUCAGGUUCAGAGCCAGAUUUCUGUGCUGCAGCCCUCUGACUCUCAGAGAGCAUCUUCUGGGUCUGCCAGUUCCUGUCUGACUCAGCAGAAGCAGCUCAGUACUGUCACAGGAGCUUCAGGUCAGGGUCCAACAGAGACCAACACAGAGGAUCAAGCUGCAGAGAAACAAACUGGAGGACAAAGCUAUGACAGCGUCAACUCUGAUGCCACGUCAGGGAAGGAGAUGAGUGAUGGUUAUGAGGGGACACAUGGAGGCAAAGGCGAUGGGAAGGUCCGCAAACACCACCGCAGAUCUACACGGACUCGUUCUCGGCAAGAGAAGAUUAGCAGGCCAAAGCUCAACAUGCUCAAUGUGUGUAACACUGGCGAUAAGAUGGUCGAGUGCCAGCUGGAAACCCAUAACCAUAAAAUGGUCACGUUCAAGUUUGACCUGGAUGGCGAUGCCCCUGAGGAGAUUGCUACAUACAUGGUGGAGAAUGAUUUCAUCCUGCCUUUAGAAAAAGAAGUGUUCAUUGAGCAGCUUAAGGACAUUGUGGACAAGGCUGAGGACAUGUUGAGUGAGGACACGGAGGGCGAGAGGAACUCUGACCAGGGAGGCAGUCCCAAACAGAGUGACGGAGCUGGCACACUGGGAUCAGAGGGAUUCAAGGCUUCCACACCCAGCACCCCACAACUGGUGUACCAGCAAAAUGUCCUCCACACUGGCAAGCGCUGGUUUAUCAUCUGCCCUGUGGCUGAGACGCCUAUGUUAGACAAAGAGAAGACUACAUCUGACACCUCUACGGUCCAUGAAUCUGAAAAGUCUGCCUCAUCAUCAGUCAGGCUCAACAGCAACACAACUGCAGUGACUACCCCAAUUACACCUUUAUCCUCCCAAAGUGCGUCCUCCUCUCUGCCCCCUGCAGCUCAGACCUCAUUGCAAACUCAAGACCAAAACAUUGACAAAACCCGUAUCCAACAGCCUCAGUCGUGUGUAUCUAAACAUGCCCUUGCUGCUGCAAGUGCCAACCAUCCCAACACUCAUCCCGUGGAGGAGCCUUGCAUCUCUGCUGUGUCUUUGGUCACAGACAUGCCAUGCUGCCCUAUUGUGCCACCUGUCUCUCUGGAUGUAAAUGCUGCUGAUAAAGGAGCAGCUGGUGGUUUGAACUCCUCUAAAACUAAUCAGCCUAAUCAGAAGUCCAGUCCUACUGGAGAACUACCGCCCCAGCUGGCCUCCCAUCAGUCUGUAGUUCUCCAGCAACCCUAUGCCACCCCCAUGCAGCCUGGUACAGUCACUUCCCAGCCCCAGAGCCCAGCACAUCAGCCCUCUCAGAGCUCCCAGUCGUCAGGCCACCAGCAGCCAGCCAGUGGGGCUCCAGGAGAGUCGGAUGGUGAGGGACCACGCAGGGUGGAGUUUGUUGACCGCACCAUCAAGACUUUAGAUGAGAAGCUGAGAAACCUGUUGUACCAGGAGCAUGCUCCCUCCCAGCCCUCCAGCACUGCGUCUGACCCCCCGGCCUCCGGUACAGAGGGAGUCAGCUCACCUCCAGUCUCAGACUGCCAGAGCACUGAAGGAGCGCUAACAAAGAAGAAAGGGGAGCCCCUGCCGCAGAUUCCUGAGCGCACAGAUAGUGUGGGUGCACUAAGUGACUCUGCAGUGGCAGCCACUAACAAGGUUGUGAACAGACAGGAUGUCACCACCAGCUCCAAAAGCCGUUUUCAAAUUAUCCCCACUCCACCGGAUGUCAUUUGUCGUUCAGAAAAGAGCCAGACGAGCCUCAGCACCUAUAGUUCCCCAGCACCCUCUAGUGGUUCUGGAGGGUCUUACAGCCAGAGUCAGGGCAAAGGGAGCAAAGAAAAGGGCAAUGUCCCUGUGGGGAAGUCCUCUUUGGCAUCUGCAGCUGUUAAUGAGAAUGUACGAGCAUCCAAACCCCACAUUAGUAACCGUUUCUCUGCCCCACCAAACUUCUACCAGGCCACCCCUACCUCCAGCCCUGAUCUCACCCCACACCACAUCCCUCGUGCCCAGACCAUUGACACUCCGACCCAUCAACAACAACACAACUCCUCUCACCUCUACUCUGACUCGGCAGAUGAGGACAGCAGCAGUAUAGCCCUUCCUCCGGCCCACCCCACUCCCCCACCUCAUACCCUGUCUGAGCACAGUGGAAGUGACCUUGUGAAGAGGGCAGUGGCCUUCCUGCGGCGUUCUGGUCGGAGCAAAAGUGAGCAGAGCUCUGAAUCACCAAGCAGACAGCCUCUGGCAAUGAACGGCCAUGCCUCUGCAGGACAUGCCCAUUCAUCCUACAUCAGCAGUGACAAUGACUCCGAGUUUGAGGAUGCAGAUAUGAGGAAAGAGCUACAGAAACUGAGAGAAAAACACAUGAAAGAGAUCUCUGAGCUGCAGGCGUUCCAGAGGAAUGAGAUUGAGCGUCUAUACAAAGAGCUGGGCAAAACACUGCCCCCCAAUGUUGGCCUGCUUCAUGCUGCACCUCCAAGUGGCCGCAGGCGCAGGGCCAGCAAACACAAGCUGAAGGCUGGAAAACUCCUGAAUCCCAUGGUGCAGCAGCUCAAAAACAAUCUCAACACCUCCACGGAGAGGAAAGGUGAAAGUGCUGCCAGUUCAUCCAGCUCCCCAGCUAAAAGUUCAGUUCUGUCAGAUGGCUCUGCCCACUCUAGUGGCAGCUCCAGCUCUAGCACUCAGCCCAGCACCGGCCAAGAGCAAGUCCACACCCAACAGCCCUGUUCGUUGAAGGGCUCGUUCUCAUCAGACAACAUCUACGCUGGGCUACAUGGUGAUGGAACAGCCAGCCAAGCUGGCCCUGGUCAAGGCUGGACGGUUUACCACCAAACGUCAGAGAGAGUCACCUAUAAAUCUAGUAGCAAACCACGCACUAGAUUCCUCAGUGGACCUGUGUCUCUGUCCAUCUGGUCCACUCUGAAACGACUAUGUCUAGGCAAAGAGCGCAGUAGUAGGUCGUCUCUCAACACCACCACAGCUCAGACGGCUGCCAGUCAGACACCGCCUUCGCUGACCGCGGCCACACCCUCACCGUCUCCCCAGCCACUCAUGAGGCUUGCCCAGGUGCAGACAAACAACAGCAACAACAAGAGAGGCACAUUCACCGACGAUCUUCACAAACUUGUAGAUGACUGGACGAAAGAGACCGUCGCGGCAGCCAAUCAGCCUCGGCCCUCUCUGAACCAAAUCAAACAGCAGAGACGCCAGCAGGACCUGGAAGGGAGAACUCCACCCAUGGGAGCAGCUCCACGUGAGAUGAAAUGCCAUGUUGGUCCGAGCAGGUUCCAGCUGCCUCUUUCCUGCCCCCUGACUGCUGCUUUAGGCCCUGGUUUGCCCACAUCCCUAGCUCCCAACUCCUCAGCAAUGCUCCCUCCUGGGUACCUUAUUCCAGCAGGCUCCUAUGGCGGGAUGGUUCCUGGUCCUCUUUACUCCCAGCAGUGGCCUGGCAUGCCUAGUCCCGUAGGGUCCGUGGGUCCUGUAGGCCUGCUUGGUGCUGCGCGAAUGAUGCCCUAUGCCACAAUGGCAAACGCGGGGAUCAAAGCCUACCCUCUGGUCAUGCAUGACCCAGAGAAUGGCCCCUGUCCGAAAACCACUAGGACUACCUAAUCUGCCAACUAAAAUUUGUUUAGUGUGUGUGAGCAGGAUGGCCCAACUCCACUCUGUUCUGGAUCGCCAGAGCCACACAUGUACAUAUUCUGAUGUUGUAAAUAACAUGAUGCGAGUGUUGAUAGUCUUUAUACAACACCUAUAUCUGUAGUUCAAUGUGUACGUGUGUGUUUGGGUGUGUGUGCGUGAACGUAUGUGUGUAUGCUAUACAGUACAUGUUGCGUAUGUAUGGGAUACCUAAUGCUUUUUGGCUUUGGUCUUGACUAAACUCAGCCAUACAAGACAUUUUGUCUGCGGUCACGAAAAAACAUAUUUCACUUUAUUCUUUAUUAAUGCAGUUUUCACAUCGCCUUUCUCUGUGUUAAAUACACGUUAAACACUACAUUGGAAUCCAAAUACAAGUGGUUUGAGAUACAUGAACAGGACAGUAUUUAUGAUGAAUUGUUUGAAGAAAUGUAGUGCCUUGAUAAUUGAUUUAUAGAUUUUUUUUCUUCUUCUGUGAAACAAAGCAUGUCUGCAUCCAAGUUAUUUUUAUUUAAAGCUUGAGUGCAGUCUCUCUUUUUUUUUAAAUGCAUUACAGACACUUUUGUUUUCGGUUUACAUAUGAAUGCCCUUGUAGUACUGCACUAUUAACACAGUAUAUGCUCUUAUUUAAACAAUAAAAUCAUGUUUUAACCCUUGUUUACUUUCCACCCCUGUGACAGAUGGAAUGCCAUAGUGGUGAGAUGUACCGUUGCCUUGCAGAAAAAAAUGGUUAAUGUACGACUGAUGAGAGAAGGAGGAAAAAAAUAAAACAUUAUGCCAGCAGCCAAAAUCCACUCUUUCAGGUCAAAUGGUUCAGUCGGACACGGCCUCUUUUUAGGGCGAAUGCGUUGGGCAGCACAAGUGGUGUCAGUGUUGUAGCCUUGUGCUCAGAUGAAAGGCGGUGUCCAGAGCCAUAUAUACUGUACAUAGCUCUUUCUACAGUAUGUACCUCUGGUAGUGUUCGGAUCAGAAUGUAGCAAUUCAUAUGUGAAGGCUUGAGGCUUUAAAGUGCAAUUUAACCCCUCCACAAAGCUUUGAUCGUGGCCUUGCCACAAGCCUUAUCUCUGAUGUGUGCAAACAGGAGCAAGCUCAAAAGUUGAAGCUGAACAAAGUUACAAAUCACCAAGCAACAGAUAGACGUUCCCUGGCAAAGUAUAACACAACAAACCACCAGUAAAACCCGAAAGUCACUACUGCUAAAUGUUCUUUCAACUUGGCUUUCCUAUUACUCCGCAUACACUGUAUGUCAAAUGUUUUUGUGCAAUCACCAGUUAAGUCUGACGUUGUCUUUUAAAUUAUUUGAUGUUUAAAGCUUGAUUUUUUUUUUUUAUUCUUUUUUGAUGCUGCUGCUAUCGUCUGAGGUGAUUCCACUGUACAGUUAAACAUUCGAUUCACAUGAGAUGGUACGAGAAAAAAAAACUCCUCAAAUUACACAAACAAGACGCUCACAAAGCAGUGUUAUUGCCUUGUUGAAAUUUUGAUGUUGUGGAUUUAUGAUUUCCCAGGCUGCUUUUGGUGAUAGCCUCUUUUUAUUUUCGUUUCCAGUAAUAUACAUAUAUAUAUAUAUUGCAAAAUUCAAAUGAUACUUGAUGCGGGAGAUUUGCACAACAUAUGGUCUCCUUUAAUUCCAACCUAUGUUAAAGAGUUUCCUACACUGUAUAUAAGUGGGUGUCACCGCCUGUACUUUUAUAUCACUGACAAGCAUGGCCAACGUUUCACGUUCCACAAAGCAAAGAUAAACAAUAGAGCUUCUAUGGUUAGAUAUCUCACAUCUCCACAACACAUUUGAAUGGUUUCAGCACCCCAAUCCUGCCAAGCUGUGAAUUGUACAGUUUUCUUGUAGUUUAUAUUUGUACAUUUUGUUUGUCUGACUGUUUAAGGGGUGUCGGUGGCAGUGGAGGGGUUGCGUUGAUGUAUAUUAUUCCAUCAAUUCGGUUUGAAUUGGACUUUUAUAGGAUAUUAUGCAGAGUCUUCUGCUUUGGUGAAAUACUUCCAGUAGUAAGAGAUUUCUGUUCUCUGUCACUUGUAUCUGUUUUUGUUUCAUUCCACCUCCCCCUUGCUGCUAACACACCGGGAGCAGACGGGGGAGUAACUAAUGUUGGCGCGUUCAUCCGGAUGCAGUGGUGAAGCGGAGGGGCUGGGAUUGCACAGAGGAGGAGCGGUUCAGACCCCUUUUCCUUCUCUGCUUGUCUCACUUCUCUGCAGACAACAUUGCCCCCUGGUGAAUGUGCUCUGACUGUCAAAAAGCUUGUGUUCAAACUGUGGGAUUGCUUCUGCCUGCUGUAUGUCCCACUGCAUUACCCCACCCUACCCUGCUGCACUCUAAUCACAGACUGUAUGUUGAGAGAGAAAUAAAUAUUAUUUUGUGCUUGA